AUGCAGACCAAACACUUCUUCUCCGACCCGAACCACCUGGUUCUGACGGCGCUGAAUUCCCUGACCCUCACCAACCCGUCCCUUGCGUUGGACCGGGAGAACAAGAUCGUGUUCAAGCGCCCCGAUGUGCCCCGCAAGAAGAACAAGGUGUCUAUCGUAACCGGCGGUGGUUCCGGCCACGAGCCCGCCUUUGCCGGCUUCGUCGGCCACGGUUUAUGUGACGCCGCCGUCGCCGGCACCAUCUUUGCCUCGCCCUCCGCUGAGCAGAUCCGCAGAACCGCCAUUGACCGCGUCCCCACCGACGAGGGCGUCUUGAUCAUCCCCAACAACUAUACCGGCGAUGUGCUCAACUUUGGUAUGGCGACCGAGAAGUGUCGUGCGGCUGGCAUCAAGACCGAAUUCUUUGCCAUGGCCGAUGACGUAGGUGUCGGUCGUCAGAAGAGUGGAAAGGUCGGCCGUCGCGGAAUCGGUGGUGGUAUUCUGAUCCUGAAGCUGGUUGGAGCCCUGGCCGAAGCUGGUGGCAACUUGGACCAGGUCUACGGCCUCGCCCAGCAGGUCAAUGACAACUUGGUGUCCAUCGGUUCUUCUCUGGAACAUGUCCAUGUUCCUGGUCGUGGCGCCCCCGAGGACUCGAUUGCUCCCGAUGAGGUCGAGGUCGGCAUGGGUAUUCACAACGAGCCCGGGUCCCACCGGACUAAGUUUGACCUGGUUCCCUUGGUGACGACUAUGCUCCGUCAGCUGCUCGACCCCAACGACUCCGACCGUGCUUACAUUAAAUACACCCCCAAGGAUGAAUUCGUUCUGCUGAUCAACAACCUGGGUGGUGUCAGCCCAAUUGAGCUGUCUGGUAUCACCGAUGAGGUCCACCGUCAGGUCGAGGGCAACUACAAGAUCAAGCCCCGCCGUGUGAUUCAAGGCUCUUUCCUGACCAGUCUGAACGGUCUGGGCUUCAGCAUCUCGCUGUUGAAGCUGGCUGACACCGGUCUGGGCGCUGGCAAGUCCAUGCUCGAGCUCUUGGAUGCUCCUGCCGAGGCCGUCGGCUGGGCAGCUCCCAUUCCUACCUCCAUCUGGGAGAACCGCAAUGACAGCCCGGUGCAACUGAAGAACUCCAACCUGGCCCACGAGAACCCCAGCAAUCUGAAGCUGGACUCCGCCGUCGUGAAGAAGAUCCUUGGUGCCGGUCUCAAGCGCGUCAUCGAAGCUGAACCCGAAGUCACUCGCUUCGACACCAUUGUCGGUGACGGCGACUGCGGUAUCGGCCUGAAACGGGGCGCCGAAGCUAUCCAGGAGCUCCUGGACAGCGCCUCCCCGCCCCUCGGCGACGACAUCGUCAACACCGUCAACCGCAUCGUCACCGUCGUCGAGAACGUGAUGGACGGUACCUCCGGAGCCAUCUACGCCAUCUUCCUUAACGCCCUGGCCCACGGCCUCCGCGACCAGGACACCGGUUCCCCGCUGCAGGCCUCGACCGAGGUCUGGGCGAAGGCGCUGAAGCACUCCGUAAAUGCCCUGGCCAAGUACACCCCCGCCAAGCCCGGUGACCGAACCCUCAUCGAUGCCCUCGUUCCUUUCUGUGAUACCCUAUUCGAGACCAAGGAUAUUCGCGGUGCCGCUACUGCGGCGCAGAAGGGUACCGAGUCGACCAAGAGUAUGAAGGCUAGCUUGGGUCGCUCGGUUUACGUCGGUAGUGAGGGCGAGUGGAUCGGUAAGGUGCCUGAUCCCGGUGCCUACGGUCUCACUGAGUUCCUGAUUGGACUGGCGGAGGCGUUUUAA